AUGUCACACGAAGGAGAAGAAGAAUUAUUGGAGUACUCCGAGCCAGAGGAUAACAUUGCUCCAACCACCGAGGCCAAGGAGGAUGAUAAGAAGGGGUCGUAUGUUGGUAUCCAUUCCACCGGUUUCAAGGAUUUCCUUCUCAAGCCGGAGCUCAUGAGAGCAAUCGUUGAUUGUGGUUUCGAACAUCCAUCUGAAGUUCAACAAGUUUGUAUUCCACAAUCCAUCCAUGGUACCGAUGUCUUAUGCCAGGCCAAGUCUGGUUUAGGUAAGACUGCGGUUUUCGUCUUGUCCACUUUGCAGCAGUUGGAUCCAGUUCCAGGUGAGAUCUCUACUGUUGUGGUUUGUCAUACCAGAGAAUUAGCUUACCAAAUCCGUAAUGAGUAUCAAAGAUUCUCAAAGUACAUGCCAGACGUCAAGACCGCGGUGUUCUAUGGUGGUACUGACAUCAAGAAGGAUGCUGAGAUCUUGAAAAACAAGGAUACUACACCACACAUUGUCGUUGCAACACCUGGUCGUUUGCAAGCCUUGAUUAGAGACAAGUAUAUCCGUCUCAACCAUGUGAAGAACUUUGUCAUUGAUGAGUGUGAUAAAGUUCUGGAGACCUUGGAUAUGAGAAGAGACGUCCAAGAGAUCUUUAGAGCCACACCACAUGAGAAGCAAGUUAUGUUCUUCUCUGCAACGUUGUCACCGGAGAUUAGACCAAUCUGUAAGAAGUUUUUGCAAAACCCAUUGGAGAUUUACGUUGACGAUGAGGCCAAGUUGACUCUGCACGGUUUGCAACAGUACUACAUCAAGUUGGCUGAGAAGGAGAAGAACCGUAAGUUGGCCGAAUUGCUGGAUUCCUUGGAGUUCAACCAAGUUAUCAUCUUUGUCAAGUCCACUCGUCGUGCCGAUGAGUUGAGCAAGAUCCUGAACGCUGCCAACUUCCCAGCAAUCGCAGUCCACUCUGCUUUGAGUCAAGACGAGCGUAUUGCCAGAUACAAAUCCUUCAAGGAUUUCAACAAGAGAAUCUGUGUUGCCACGGAUGUCUUUGGUAGAGGUAUCGAUAUCGAAAGAAUCAACCUUGCCAUCAACUACGAUUUGCCAACAGAGGCGGACCAAUACUUGCACAGAGUUGGUAGAGCUGGUAGAUUCGGUACCAAGGGUUUGGCUGUUUCGUUCGUUUCAUCUGAAGCUGAUGAAGAAGUGUUGGGCAAGAUCCAAGAGAGAUUCGACGUUAAGAUCACAGAGUUCCCAGAAGGAGGUGUUGAUCCAUCGACUUACAUGAACACUUGA